AUGCCGUCGUGGAACCCGCGCCACCCCACCAUCCCCUCCGGCCACCCCGCCCAACCCCAAGAAAACGCAACGGAGCCGCCAGCAGACAACAAUUCCACUCCUCCAACAGCCGCCGGCCCCAACCCAUUCCAGGCCGAGGACCAGCAGCUCCAGCAGGCCUCGUCCGCGUCGUCGGAACCACCGCCGCCGCCGUACUCCGCGCUGCCGCCGCCGCAGCCUGUAAACAAACACCUAACGCAGACCAUCACCCACCUCCAGCGCGUCAACACCCACCUCCGCCACGCCCUAGCCUCCUCCCGCACCAACCAGUCCUCCGUCGCCACCGCCUCAGAAAACGCAAACCUCUGGCGCGCGCUGCACGGCCGCGACGAAGUGCUGCAAAGCCAGCUGAGCCAGCUCAACGCGCUGCAAGACGAGCUGCGGGCCACGCGGCGGCGGGCGCGGGAGAUGGAGCGGCGGGUGCGGCGGUUGGAAGGGGAGAAGAGGGGGUGGGAGGAGGAGGAGUUUAUGAGGGGGGAGAGGGGAAGGAUGGAGAGGAAGGUGAGGGAGAGGGAGAGGUUGGAGGGGGUGCGGCGGUGGUUGGGGUGCCAGAGGGAGAGGGAGGCGCUGGUGGUGGAGGGGGAGGGAGAGGGGGAUGAGGAGGAGGAUUGGAAUUGGGAGGAGGUGAGGGUGGGGGAGUCGGCGGGGGGAGAGGAGGGGUUUGGGUUGUGA